CGGACCCGUAGCUCCCCGCCGAGGCGGUGCGGCCUCCGUUCCCUCCUUCUCUCAGUCGCUGCCCGACCGCGGCGCGAUGUCGGGCGGCACGGCUGGUGGCCCUAAGCCUCUUCCGUCCUCUGGGCCCAAGUCACUGCGGGAGAUGCCACAUCCCCUGGCUACGACCAGCAGCGAGGAGAUGGGGCCGGCACUCACCCCCAGUCCCGACCUGCUCCUGCCCCGCAGUAUCGCCGACAAGGAUCUUAGUCUACCCAAUGGCACACCUGUGGACACUUCUAGCCCAGCUUCCUCCUCAUCUCUCCUCAACAGACUGCAGCUGGAUGAUGACUUUGAUGGAGAAACUAGAGACCUCUUUGUUACUGUUGAUGAUCCCAAAAAACACGUGUGCACAAUGGAGACAUAUAUCACUUACAGGGUUACAACAAAGACCACACGAGCAGAGUUUGAUUUGCCAGAGUAUUCUGUCCGCCGGCGGUACCAAGACUUUGACUGGUUGAGAAACAAGCUGGAAGAGUCUCAGCCAACACAUCUCAUUCCCCCUCUUCCUGAGAAAUUUGUGGUGAAAGGCGUUGUCGAUCGCUUUUCUGAAGAGUUCGUGGAGACGAGGAGGAAGGCUUUAGACAAAUUCUUGAAGAGAAUAACUGAUCACCCAGUGCUUUCAUUUAAUGAGCAUUUCAACGUGUUUCUCACAGCCAAGGAUCUUAAUGCCUAUAAAAAGCAAGGAAUGGCAUUGCUGUCAAAGAUGGGGGAGUCUGUCAAGUAUGUCACAGGAGGCUACAAAUUAAGAAGUCGACCACUGGAGUUUGCAGCCAUUGGGGAAUAUUUAGACACGUUCUCUCUAAAGCUUGGUACCAUUGACAGAAUAGCACAACGGAUUAUCAAGGAACAGUUGGAAUACUUGGUGGAACUGCGAGAGUAUGGACCUGUUUAUUCAACCUGGGGAGGGCUGGAGGUUGAGCUAUCAGAGCCACUGGAAGGAGUGUCUGCCUGUAUUGGGAACUGCUGCACAGCUCUUGAAGAACUUAGUGAAGAAAUGACAGAAGACUUCCUGCCUGUGCUUAGGGAAUAUAUAUUGUACUCCGAGUCAAUGAAGAAUGUGUUGAAGAAGAGAGACCAAGUUCAAGCAGAGUAUGAAGCAAAACUGGAAGCAGUAGCCUUGAAAAAAGAAGACCGUCCAAAGGUACCCACAGAUGUUGAGAAAUGUCAAGACCGAGUAGAGUGUUUCAAUGCUGAUCUGAAAGCAGAUAUGGAGAGAUGGCAGAACAACAAAAGACAAGACUUUAGGCAGCUACUCAUGGGGAUGGCAGAUAAGAACAUUCAGUACUAUGAGAAGUGCCUUACGGCGUGGGAGUCAAUUAUACCACUAUUGCAAGACAAGCCAGAGACCAAAUAAGAAGUACCUUCAUGGACAGUCUAGCACUUCUGUGCCCAGUACCACUAGACAUACUGGAACUGUUUGAAGAACUCCUUUUGUCAAGCUAACUGUAAUGCCAGCUGCACUUAAGCUGGAACAGAUGCUCUGAAAACUCUUUGAAUUACUUUUUUGUUUUCUUCUCCUCACUUUCUCUGUUUAAGCCUGGGGUAUGUUUCAUCUUUUUGAGUUAUCUUGAAUGGUUCCUUCUUUAUCCUAUGGAGUGAUUGGGGGUUUAUAGUGAAAGUGCACGGGGAUCUUUAUAAAACUUACCUCUCUAGUCUGGAAGGAACUGAUGAGUUGAACACUAAAAAGAUGAAAAUAAAACUCUACUGCAAGGUGCCAAAUGACAUCUUUAUUACCAUUCUGGUUUGUUUGGGGAAAAAAUAUAAAUUAAAGUAAUUGCUUCCUAACCAAUCCUUACCCUGGACAGGGAAAGCCUGGACAUGAAUAUUUUCUGUUUUGCUACUACCUGUGUGCUCCCUAUGGAUAAAAUGGUUUCUGGAGACUUUUCUGUGUGGAGUUGGGCUGGUCUUAGACAGAACAUACCAACACCACCUGCAGAUAGCCUGUGAUGCAAGCAUGAGCUGUGGUUUUUGUGAGUGUGGCAUGCUGUUGGUUCAUACUGAGUAUCUUUGUUUACCUUGGUGAUUAUGAAGUAAUGUCAGUUGGCUGAAGUGUACUUGUGACUGACUUGGGGAUCAAAAUCAGCCUAGAGGUGGCGGUGAGUUGAACAGUAGCCUUUCAAGGGAGGCUUGUGGGAACUGUGGAAGUAAAUUUGAGUCUUUGAGUGUAUCUUAUAAACCUAACUCUGGAAGCUGCAUGGUAGAAUUCUCUUGGUCCAUGCUUUACACUUGGUUUGGUUUGGGUUUGUUGUUUUUUUCUGAGCUAGAGCCACUUUGGGCUUGGUCACUUAAGAUGCCUACUGUAGAGAAGACAGAACUACUUUCUUUCCC